AUGGCCACCCUCUGCCUCUUCCGCUUCUGGCUCGGCUUUGGUAUCGGCGGCGAUUACCUGCUCUCCGCCACCAUCAUGUCGGAGUACGCCUACAAGAAGACCCGUGACGCCUUCAUCGCAGUCGUUUUCACUACGCAAGGCUUCGGCAUCCUCACAGGUGGAAUCGUCUCAAUCAUCAUCUCCGUCGCCUUCAAGGAGCGCUUCGACUAUCCGGCCUACAGGGACGACCGCACCAGCUCCACCGUCCCGGAGGCCGACUACAUCUGGUGCACAACUCUCAUGCUGGGCGCCCUCCCGGCUGCCUUAACCUACUACUAG